AUGAAAACGCCGCCACCCCCCACCACCGUCGAUGCCAACCCCAACCCUUCAAAUCCAACGGUCCGAAACCUCUCGCCGUGUGAUGAAAGCCCAGCAAAACCCAUCUGCAGGAACACAAAGAAAACGAAGAGAAAAGUAUUAAAAGAUGCAGCUGCAGCGCCAUCUUCGUCUUGUGGUUCAACUUCUUCGGGUCCGUCAUUCAGGGGAACACGCGUGGCGGGCAAGCGCCGAAGCCCUAAGAUGGUUUUCACUGCGCCUCGAAGAAACCCUAAUGCCGACGAGAUCGCGUUCCGGUUGGGAAUGUCAAUUGCAGCUUUUGUUGCUCAGAUUCUGGAAAGAAAUGGCGAGGUAGGUGGAGGGAUGUCUUCUGAUCAUCUUGCUAAGAUAUGUGCUUCAGCUGUCAGAGAAUCUUUAGCCAAUGUUUUCGGGAACACAUGUGAUUGUUUUAUCCGGAACUUUGAAAAAUCAUUUGGGAGUACAUUGAGGACUCUAAAAUCGAUCAAGGAAUCAUCUACAAAUAACAGGAGAUGUCUCUCGAGCCACCAAAACAUGGAAGGGUCUUCUCUACAUGUGACUCAUGAUGAACAAGAUGGUGCAAGCAGCUCUGAUAUAGAAGAUUGUCACUCAAAAGCAUUGUCCCACACUGGUGCAACCCAGGGUCAAUUAAAUUAUAGAGAUGAAUUAAAUCAGAGUAUGUUAACAAGUUCUAUUAAUCUGGAGCUUGCCCUGCAUGGGCAAACAAACCAGUUGACUUAUAUUCCUCCAAGAACAUCUGAAUCUGGAGCCAAUCAGUCCAUGCUUGGAACUAUUGGGAAGUCUGUCAUAGAGCAAGCCCGUGCUAACGACCUCAAAACAUUGGAGCUUAAUCUUACAAUGCAGAAACUAAAGUUGAAAGAGACACAGCUAGCUCUCAACUAUGAUUCAAAUCAACUGCAGAGGUCAAAAUUUUCGAUGGACGUAUCAAAAGCAUCCUUCAAAACUGAAAAGUUUAAGAGUCAAUUAGAAGAUACAAGACAUGCUGAGCUGCUUAAAAUGUGCAUUGACUGUCUAGUUGCUGGUUUGCUUGUCAUGAUCACAUCCCUGAUAUAUGGUGCUUAUGUGUAUUCAUACAAAAGACUUACUGAAGCUACUGCAUCCUGUACACCUUCAACAAAGGGGUCAGAGUCUUGGCUGAGCUGGAAAGCCUGGGAUCCAAUGACAUCUUUCAAUUCAGGGUUUCACAUUCUAAGGUGCAAGGUUGAAGUUGUGAGCCGAAUGCUAUUUGGUGUCUUAAUGAUUCUUGCAAUUGCUUUUUUGCUCCUCCAGCGCUCUGCAACUGCAAAACAGAUAAUGCCAGUAACUUUCAUAAUCUUGCUACUGGGAAUUAUGUGUGGAUUUUUUGGCAAGCUCUGUGUAGACACAUUGGGAGGGAGUGGGUAUCAUUGGCUUAUAUAUUGGGAGACUCUUUGCAUGCUGCAUUUCUUCUGUAAUGUAUGCACGUCUGCUUUGUUCUUUAUACUCCAUGGGCCGAUCGACGUGUCUCAAGGAACAAAAGGAAAUACAAUAUUUCCAUACUGGAUUCGGCGGGUGGUGUUUUAUUGUACUUCAUUUCUGUUUCUGCCACUCUUUUGUGGCCUCACGCCUUUCGCAAGCAUUGGUGAAUGGAAACAUCAUCUCCUGCUGCUGGUCACUGAUCUUGGUUACUGGUGA